CUGCUAAGCGAAGAAGCUCAUGAAACACCAUCGGAUACAAAGAAAAUUGAUGAGCUGACACCGGAACUUCCAGAAUGGUUCAACGAGGACAAAUUCAAUCAAGCUCGGAGAUUUUACUGGCACAACUGUUACGGACUGACUUCAGCAAUGUUAUUGGGUAUGGUGAAUGUUCUUGCAGUGCCUUCAAUACUGAGGAUCCUUGUAGGUGCUCGUCGCUCCGAUGACGUAUAUCCUGCAUUUAAACGAUAUGUGUCCACAUUUCUACAUGCAAUCUCAUGGUUUGAAUCAGACCUUAAGCCCGGCAGCUGGUCCUGGGAGUCCCUGUUGAAAGUACGACGUCGACAUAUACGCAUGACUCUCGCAGCUAAAGUAAAAGGUCAGGGUCUUAUUUCCCAAAGGGAUCUUGUUCUCACACAGUUUGGUUUCGUCGGUCUAACUGUUCUAAAACCUGAUAAAUUUGGUAUACAAACAUUGGAAGACGGCGAUUGGGAAGCAUAUAAUCAAUUUUGGCGAGUCAUAGGAUUUAUGAUUGGAAUUAAGGAAAGGUAUAACAUUUGUCAAAGGACAAUCGAAGAGACGCGCCAAGUGUGUCGGUUAAUUGUCCAACGUGUGUACACGCCUUGUCUAAACGAUCCACCAGAGUACUUCGAGUAUAUGGCGCGCAUAAUGCUGGAAGGAGUGUCAUCAAGCAAUCCCACAGUUGACACUCCAUCAUUGCUGUAUUGGACUAAGUAUUUAACUGAUGUACCCGGCUACGUAUAUACAGAAGAUGAGAGGAAAGAAUUUCAGAGUUUAUUGAGGAAAAAGUUAAACGGCUCCUCUGAUGAAAUAGGCGUGGACUCAACACAUUUAAUAUCAAAGUCAGCUGUCGGAGAUUUACCUGGGCACAAGCGCCUUCUCUUCGUUCGUGACUACGACUCAUUUAAAACAGUACCUGAAUACAAACAACUUCCUUUAAUUUCCAAAUGUAAAUUAGCAUUAAAUUCGUUUUUCACAUCGUUAUACACUACAAAAUUUGGCAGAAAAUUUCUUAACGCAAUGUUUCUAUUUAGCAUAAAUGUGAUGAAACAAUAUCCAAGAAUAGCUUUCUUCCUAUUCAAUGUUAAAGUAUCACUAGCCAACAUUUUUAAUUAUCCACUAGAUAAUACAGGCCUAAAACCUAAUUCUUUAUUUUAUAAACUGUCUAAUUAA